AUGCUUGGGACAUGGAAAAUGGACAACACUGCCUUUAAGGACCAGUUUAACCAACCAAUUGACCUCUUUGAUCGACCGUUGGCAACUGAGCUUAUGACCGCAAUUAUUUUUACCGUUUGUGAACGAAAACAUGCUG